AUGGAUUUUGCUCUGUCUUCAUUCUGCAAGCCAUUGGCCUCACCAAAAUCCUUGGCAGUUGGCCUGAAUCUUGAUCGUUCAUUGAUUAAUUUCAGGUCCAGUAAUAAUAUUUCUACUUCAAGAGCCAAAAAAGGGCAGGCUUUGAUUGUUAUGGCCCAGAAGAAGAAGAAGAAGAAGCCAAAGAUUGAAGGUUUAAGUGAAGAAAUGAAUUCAAUUGCUUCUGAGGAUUUGACUUUUGCUCCAGCCCGCAGAAGGGUUCGAUUUGCUUUCAGUGAUCUUCAGCAACAGCUUGAUCAUGUCUUGUUUAAGAUGGCUCCAAGUGGGAUCAGAACGGAUGAGUGGUAUGAAAUCAAUAGAAAUGGUGAAGAUAUUUUCUGUAAAAGUUGGCUGCCAGAACCGGGUGUACAGAUUAAGGGUGUUUUGUGUUUUUGCCACGGAUAUGGUGAUACUUGCACGUUCUUCUUUGAAGGUAUAGCAAGGCAUAUUGCGGCUGCUGGUUAUGCAGUAUAUGCCAUCGACCAUCCUGGUUUUGGUCUAUCUGGAGGAUUGCAUGGUUAUGUUCCUAGCUUUGAUGGAGUAGUGGAUAAUGUAAUCGAACUAUACAAGAUAAUGAAAGGAAGGCCAGAGAUGGUAGGGCUACCACGCUUUUUAUUUGGUCAGUCGAUGGGAGGAGCAAUUGCGCUUAAAGCUUUAUUAAAGGAUCCAAAUGAAUGGGAUGGCAUAGUUCUUGUUGCCCCAAUGUGUAAAAUUGCAGAGGAAAUGACUCCUCCAGUUCCCCUUCAGAAAGUAUUGAUACUUCUGUCCAAUAUCGUGCCAGAAGCAAAACUUGUUCCCCAGAAAGAUUUAGCAGAGUUGGCAUUCAGAGAGGCAGAUAAAAGAAAACUGGCGGACUACAACGUAAUCUGCUAUUCUGAUCAAACACGAUUAAAGACAGCUGUGGAACUCCUAAACGCUACAAAGUUUAUAGAGUCCCAAGUGGAUAAGGUUGCAUCGCCAAUGCUCAUUCUUCAUGGAGCUGCUGACAAAGUUACUGAUCCUCGAGUUAGCCAGUUUCUUUAUGAGAAGGCUUCUAGCAAGGACAAAACUCUGAAGCUCUAUGAUGGUAGCUAUCACUGCAUUUUGGAGGGGGAACCUGAUGACAGAAUCCUGGAGGUACUUAGCGACAUAAUAUCAUGGCUGGAUAGUCGAUGUGGCCGAUAUUAUGAUUACCGAAACGUUAAAACAUGUUUGACAUUGGCAAUAUCCCGCAUUAAAUUGCUGCAAAAUAAGAGAGAUGGGCAGCUUAAGCUUAUGCGUAAGGAGAUAGCUCAAUUUCUGCAGGCUGGCCAGGAACCAAUUGCUCGAAUAAGGGUGGAGCAUGUUAUUAGAGAACAAAAUACCUGGGCUGCAUAUGAGAUUUUGGAAAUGUUUUGUGAAUUUGUUCUUGCCCGUGUUCCGAUUCUUGAAAGCCAGAGGGAAUGCCCAUCUGAAUUGCGGGAAGCUGUGGCCAGCAUAAUCUUUGCUGCUCCUAGAUGUUCAGAUCUACCAGAUCUAUUGCAUGUUAAGAAUUUAUUUGCUGCAAAGUAUGGGAAGGAAUUCGUCGCUGCUGCUUCUGAGCUUCGGCCAGACACUAGUGUCAAUCGUACAAUUAUUGAGAAACUCUCCCCUAUUGCACCAUCUGCAGAAGUAAAGCUGAACGUUCUGAAGGAAAUUGCUCGAGAAUAUAACAUAAACUGGGAUUCCUCAAAAACUGAAGCUGAAUUCGGCAAGAAACCUGAGGAUCUUCUGAAUGGACCAAAGCAAAUCGCGCCGCCCACUAUUUCUAUCCCUGAAUCAAACUCUCAGAAGCAAUCACCUGUUCUCGAGCAUUCGAUGCCAAAUUCAAGGGCGCAAAGAGACCAUCUACAUCAAUCUCCUACUGCAUCCAAGAAUUCAUCCCCUGUAGCCCUUGACAAGUCCAAAUCACUUACCAAGGAUCACAAUACUAAACCAAGUACAGAAGCAAAAGAUACAGGGCCGCAAUCAUCUGAUGCAUUGGAUAAAGCUCGGGCUGCCAUUGCUGCUGCGGAGCGUGCAUCAGCUGCUGCACGUGCAGCUGCCGAGUUAGUAAAUAGCAACUUCAGCCGAACGAAUCUUGGGCCAAGGAGUUGA